UCUUUCUGUCAAACAUAAAUCUUUUUAUUUCUUUGUGAACGUGUUGUAACGUAGAUAAAAAAAUACGUAUGUACGCGCUAUACUGCUGUAUGUGAUAAUACACAAAUAAGAAACGCACAAAUUUAAAUUUUACUUUGUGAUACCUAUAUAUAUUUAUCGGUAUUGACAAUAAGUAGCCGGUGAGCAGUAGGCUCAACGAGAUAAUAUUGCAUGUAAUGAUUUAAAUUGUAAUAUAGAAAAAUGAAUAAAUCGGCCAGUCUCUUUAUUCUCGAUGGAGAGCUGUGUUUGAUGAUCGGAGUUACUCAAUUUCUCGUGUGAAAAAUAUAAUAUGAAAUUAAAUUAAUACAUGCGGGAAAUUAAUAGAUCUAGACAUGUCAACUUCACGUUUUUAUCAAUAUAAAUAUUGGUGGUAUUGACAAACGAUUGUCAAAGCUCUCUCAGUAUGAAGAUAGAAAUUCAUCCUUUGACAAAUAAUCCUACAGCUGCUUGGCGUGAAUUGGCAAAGGAACAAAAAGUUAUUACAAUAAAUACUAAGCCUCCAACAACCGAAGCACCAAAUGAUAAACUUCGUGUUGUUUGUAUGAGUGACACUCAUUCAUUAACUCCAUUCAUAAAAUUUGACAUACCUAUGGGAGAUAUCUUCAUACAUGCUGGAGAUUUANCAGGUAAUUUGCCACACAAAAAUAAAAUUGUCAUAGCAGGCAAUCAUGAGCUUAGCUUUGAUCCCACAUUUACUCAUCCCUUUUCUAUGCAAACUAGUGGGGAUCGUCAUAAGCACACAGGAACCAGCAUCCUUGACAAUAUACCUACGUUGGGAAUGUCCAAGGAUACUCUUGCUGAGGCAAUACAAACUGCUAAUGUCAAGGAUUACUUGACAAAUUGCACUUACUUAGAAGAUUCAGAAGUAGUAAUACAUGGAAUAAAGAUAUACGGUACCCCGUGGCAACCGGAGUUUUGUAAAUGGGCUUUUAAUGUGCCUCGUGGAGAAGCGUGUCUUUCAAAGUGGGAAAUGAUACCAUCUGAUACAGAUAUUCUUGUAACCCACACACCUCCCGUAGGUCAUGGUGAUCUAUGCUGUAGCGGUGUAAGAGCUGGAUGCGUUGAGUUACUUUCCACAGUCCAAAAUCGAGUAAAGCCAAAGUAUCACGUUUUCGGUCAUAUACAUGAAGGCUAUGGUAUCUCCUCUGACGGGAAAAUAAUAUACAUAAAUGCAUCAACAUGUGAUUUAAAUUAUUUACCAAGCAAUCCACCGGUAGUCUUUGAUAUAACAUUGCCAGCAGGUCAUUCUAAGUCAUAAAAAUCUGGGGAAUAAAACAUUUCUUACCCAGAACGAAAUGCAUGAAUAUAUAGGGAAUAAUUAAUUUAUUUAUCUAUGUAUUUCUAUGAAUUUUUCUACAAAUUAUGUGUUCAUUCAUAUUAGAUACGAUCUUAUUUGAUAGAACGAAAAUUACAGGGAACACGUAAAAACUGAUAAUUUUACGGUAUUCGCUUUAGGAUAUU